AUGGUUACGAGCAUUCAAGUGUAUCUCCCACAACCUAUCGUCCCACCCGACCCUCUGUAACUCCACAACUAACAGCGGCACAGGAAAGAGAACGUCGUCUAAUGGAUGUAUUGGCAGCACGACGCAAUGCCCUACACAGACCAGGUUUUCGCAAUCGCAUUGGCACUACGGGGCGUACAGCAACAGCUGUUGAAACGACAUCGAAAUCACCCACCGAUCCAAGAUCGAUUUGUAUACGAAAUUGUACGAAAAAUUUUACUCGACGAACAACAGCUAGCUGCAUGCGACAAUGUGCGAAUUUUUCACGUGUGGGCAGCGGACCAACAAUCAUUGGUGGUACUGAUAGUCUUGUUAUGGUGAAAAAUUCUUCGAAAAAAGGAACUGGAACAGCACAGGCUGGAGAAAAGGAUACCAAUGAAAUUCUGUUCACCGAUGAAUCCUCUCAUGGUCUGCUGGUAAUUGCGAAGGAACAAAAUGAUACAGCCAAUCAUAUCACCGAUGAAGUGAAGGGUAUUGGAGCCGCCAGCAAAUUGAGAGGAAGACGUAAGCCGGGUACUAUGGUUACGGUGGCCACCACCUCCAUUGAAGAUGAUGAAAUACAACCGUAUUUAUAUUUUGGUCAAAAAUUACCACCAUUAAAACCGAAUGCCUUAACCAUUACCUCGGUAAGUGAUGAACAUCCAAAAUUGCUGGAAGUAUCGGUGGCUGAGGAUAUACCCACAUCGACAACACCUGUAACGAUCACUUCGACGCUCUCUGCCGUUGAAAGAAGUCGGGCACGUUUUAAAUAUAAUCCACGUGGUGGUGUUAGUUUCAAUAGGCGUUACACCACUCUACAUAGAGGUACAACCCCCGAAGCUCCCACCGAUGUGAAAACAACCACAUUACGAAUUGUCACUGAGCAACCGCUUAAAGUUCAGCCGCUAAAAAAUAAUAAAACAGAAAGUGUCACAGAAAUUUCUGUGGUGAAAAAAAUUGAUGCCACUGUGGCCACUAUAGCCAGAGAGGCAUUGAGGGAGAAGGAGGAUAGCAUAGUAUCUGCUACUCCUUUAAUUAUAACUGUGUUGAGUGAUGAAGAAAUAACAUCACCUAUAUCGUAUAUACCCAACACAGAGCCAACUACCACAACAACAGCAAGGGUAACGACAACGACAACUAUGGCAUCUACUACAAGUUCAACGACCACUACUACAACUACAACAACUACUACGGAGCCUGUAAAAACUACAACCACCACCAUGGCAACUACAAGCAGCUCAACAACAAGUACGCCGGCUCCUAGAAAAUAUUCCGAAUAUAUUCCCAAAACCUUUGUAAAAGUUAUUCCAACUACUUUGGCUCCAAUUUCAACCACGACGACUAGCACUACGACAACAACAACAACAACACCCAUGCCACCCACAACAACUACCACCACACCUUUACCAAGCACUACCAGUACCUCAAGUACCUCUACUACAACCACCACAACAACCGAAAUCCCCACUACCACUCGAAAAUCAGAUAUCAUUGAAAAGGAUAACGAAUUGUUGAGAGCUUUGGGUCCAAGUUUAGUACAAGAACACGAUGAUGAUACAAAUAUUAUUAUUUUUGUUAAUCGUACCACAACAAUGAGACCCUAUGUCCAAAGCUUUACCACCGACAGUGGUCCAACUACAAUGAGAGCCAGCACCAUUUCCACAUUCAAUGAAAAUCCCCCCACCAAAGAAUCAUAUCCUAGUGUAACUCAACCUGCCACCACAAGUACAACGAGACAACCUCAGGUUACCGGAGAAAUUUCCUCCAGUGUGGUAACCGAUGAUCAGGAAAUCUCUUUGGAAAUGCAACGUAUGAACAUCGUUACCAUGGUCUUGGCCGGUAUUGGUAUUGUACCCCUGUUGGCCAUAAUUUUAUAUUUCCUCCGCAAUUAUCUCCUGAAACGUCCCAUUAAAGAUGAUGAAGAUUUUGAUGUUUGUAUUACCGAUCAGCAGCCCAUUAGUCCAGUUAAAAAACUCGAUGGUAAAUAUCAACAGGAAGAGGAUGAAGAUGUUGUGGAUCAUCAUACGAAAAAACCGCCGCAGCGUCAGCAUAGUUUACACAGUAAGCUGGUGGCACCACCUUUGGUCCGUGACAAUAAUCACAAUCACAACACAACUGCGCAACAACGUUACGACGACAAAAGUUCCGUAACAAGUGAUCAGGAAUUUGAUCGUUCAAAUAUUCGCCUGAAAAGCCUUCUGGGUGAGGGUAAUUUCGGUCAAGUUUGGAAAGCUGAAGCGGAUGAUCUUAGCGGUCAUUUUGGAGCAACACGCAUUGUGGCAGUUAAGACCAUUAAGGCUUGUAGCACUCAACUGAGUCUUAAGGAAGAGGGGAAUAUUAUGCGUAAAUUGGGUUCACAUCAAAAUGUUGUAACCCUGCUGGGCGCUUGUGUGGAAACAGAACCUCACAUGUUAAUCAUGGAAUAUGCAAUGCGUGGCCGUCUCUUAUCCUUGCUGAGGGCUGCCCGUAAUGCUACAAAUAUUUUACCAGCCUCUGUGCCAGGUGGUCGCAGCUUAGCUCCCUUAUCUCCGCGUACCUUAGCCGGUUUUUGUUUGGACAUUGCACGUGGCAUGGAAUAUAUAGCCGAAAAGAGAAUUGUUCAUCGUGACUUGGCAGCCCGUAAUGUUCUUCUCGAUCAUAACGGUGUUUGUAAAAUAUGUGAUUUCGGCAUGUCCAUCGAUUUGGAUGCGGAGCGAAAGCGCAAAGAAUUGGAAAAGAAUUGUGCCAAUGAAAUAAUGCGCAGUAAUUUCAACAAAUUCAAAUUUGAUUUUGGUGGUAAAUUUAUAAUGAAUCAUUGGCCGAAUGGUGCCGGUGGUGGUAGUCCACACAAAGAUGGAGGCUGUAGUGAAAAGAAGGGUCAGGAUACAAUUGGUAAGAGACCGGCAUUACCGAUACGAUGGAUGGCACCCGAAUCGCUGCAAUAUAAUAUAUUCAGCACAGAAACGGAUAUAUGGGCAUUUGGUAUUGUGCUAUGGGAAAUUGCAACAUUAGGUUCUACCCCAUACUCACACUUGACUGGACGUGAAGUAAUACGCCGUGUACCGCAAGGCUUACGACCCGAUUUGCCCAAAGAAGGCCGCCACGAAUUCUACAAUCUAAUGUCACGAUGCUGGCACAAGGAUCCCCAUAUGCGACCCAGCUUUACACAGUGCCGUUUGGAAAUAAAUCGUUCGCUACACAAGUGGGUCGAUGAUGAUUCCGCCGCUUCCGAUUAUAUGGAUGUUAGCGGUUUCAGUGAAGAUCUAGAGCAGGGCAUGGUGUAUUUCAAUCACCGUAUAUCAGAAUUUGAAUGUGAAAUUUGACAUUAGGCAAAUUGCGGCGU